AUGUUCAAAAUACUAGCGAGAAAUGCAAACAGAAGAGUGGCUGUCCAUAAUGGAAUACCUAGACAAAUAAGGACUUCUUUUGCAAGUUUUUCAACAUUAAACAAUUCUCUCCUAGAUCAGAAACCCGAUACCAACCCUGAGGAGAUAUUGAAAAGCAGCGACAAAAUCGACUAUUCAUCCUUCGAUAACUCUGACUUUUUUAUUACUGGAGAUAAUUCUGACAAAAGCCUUUCUUUUGAUAUCAGUCCCUUUAGAAAUCCAGACUUCACUUUGAAGAAUACAAAAGCACGAACCUCACAGCAAGCCAGACUCUCUGACAAUGCCCUACUGGGAAAGUUCAAUCGCUUUGGUCAAGUGAAAAUUCCCACUAUUUUAUCUGAUACAAUCAAUGACUAUUUUUUGAGAAAAUAUGAACCAGCUAAAUUAAGAGAGUAUGCUACCAGUUACUUUUUGCAUCUAAGAUUCAAUCCUUUACACAAACCACCUACAACUCCCUAUGAAGUUGAUACCAGUAUAUGUGUUUUGUUUCCUCAAAAUUAUGCCUCCAUCUUUCAGGUAUUAGCCGAAUUAAAAGGAAAUGUCUCAAGCAAAGACAAAACUUUCAAUCCCCAGAAAAUAUUGGUAACUGAACAAGGUCCUGCAACUGGGAUGUUAGCACUAAAUGAAUUAAUGGGUGAAGAUUUUCAACCACAAGUUAGAGAUAUUUAUAUAAAACAUUCCAAUUAUGUAAUGGAAAAUAGAGCCAAAGUCUUGCUAAGUAGACAAUUGUCUGAAGUGCCUAGAUCUGAUAUCGAUAACUCAUCAGAUAAGGAUAAUAAUGACAGCAAUGAUACUAGCAAUAAUCAAGAUGAUAACAUUAGUAAAAACGAUUACGAAAGUGCCGAACCACAGCUUGAUGGUCAAAUUGAUGUUAAAAAGAUUAAAAUAAACUCUAAAUUUCUUGAUCAUUUACCAACGAAAAACUCUCCUAGAAAAUAUGAUUUAAUCAUUGCAACUCAUCAAUUAUUAGAAGAUGAAAAGUUAUUUCCUCGUCAAAUUGAUAAUAACCUUGAAAAAUUAUUAGAUUUAUUAGAACCUGAAGGCCAUUUAGUUCUUAUAGAAAGAGGAACAUUUUGGGGUUUCGAAAUCCUUUCAAGAGCUAGAGAAAUCACCAUGAGACCUUCAAACUAUUCUAAAUUUGAAUACGGAAAGAUUCCAAGACCUUGGAUUAGAGGUUCAACCAUGAAAGUCGUUAAUAAAUUGUUAAAUACAGAUUCUGCUAACAAUAAAAAAUUCAAUAGAAAACAAAAGAUAUCAGAUUUGGAAUCUGAAUUAAAUGAAAAAUAUGGUCAAAUUCAUGAGAAUGAUCUUGAUUAUGAAAAGGAUUUACAUGAAAAUUUUGAUAUAUUAUCCGUAAAGGAUUCAAUACAAGAAAAGGCAAUAGAAAUUGAAAAAGAAUUGAAAACUGAUUAUUAUUUAUCCAUUUUAUCUCCAUAUCCACACCAUCUUCCUUGUCAAUUAGUUACCAAAAAUCCUUUACUAAUUGAUGAAAAAAAUGGCUCGAAAUUGAGAUGGUUGAAGUUUUCAGUUUCAUUAGAAAGACCAAAAUUCACAAUGGAAUUGAAAAAGGGAAGAAGAUUAGCUGCCACAUGGGAUCCAAAGUUAUUAGGAUUGUAUAAAACUGGAGAAUUUUCAACUUCUAACCCCUUUGGUCUUAAAAACAUAGCAAAAAGUGGAACAGGUAGAGCUGGAGGUAAAAAUUUUGAAAUUGCAAAUUUUUGUUUUUUGAUCUUCGAAAGGUCUAAAAACGAUCCUGAAACAAUUCAAAAAAUCGAAGAAAAACGAUUAGAAUCUCAAGUUACUAGUAAAAGACUAGAAACCUUAAGAAAAUUCAAGGAUCAAAAUUCAAUUUUGAAAACAGAAGAACUUCUUAGUAAAAUAAAACAGGACUGUUUAGAUAGAAAUGACAGCUCAUUGUGGCCAAGAAUAAUUGAUCUGCCUGAAAAGAAAAAAGGGCAUGUUGUCCUAGAUGUUUUGACUCCUUUUGGCUCAUUUGAAAAAUGGAAUAUUCCAAAAUCUUAUGGUAAACAGCAUUAUUAUGAUGCAAGAAAAGCUAAAAUGGGUGAUUCCUGGCCUUCUGGUUAUAAAAGUACUCAUGUUCUUCCAAGGGUUAAUAAUUUAAGCAAAUUAUUUUCUGGAACAAAUGUGCAAUUUGAAUAUGGAAAGGCUGCAAAGAAAACUGAAAAAAUCAUUAAAAAGGCCAUUAAGAGAGAAUUAAUUGAAAACGAUGAUAGCGAAUUAAGAGGCGAUAUGCUUUUAUUUGAUAAUAAGAUUGAAGAAAGAAUUUCUCGUACUAAAGAACUUAUUAAAAAAGUUCAACCAAAUCUUUCAAAAGAACAAAAUGCUCUUGUCUCAGAAAAGUACUUGGAAGAAGUGUAUGGUAAAGUCAAAUAG